AUGCCACCCAACGAAGCAAUUAUAGAGCAAGCGAUCGCUCAAUUGAAUCGACAAUUGAUUCCUAAAUAUGCUGAGGUUGCAAAGGAAUUCGGAAUCAAUCGCGUUACCUUGAUGCGGCGGUUCAAAGGUCAACAGGUCUCCAGAACAGAGGCAACAUCAAUCUACUGUCAGAAUCUCACAAAUACUGAAGAACAACACCUCCUAUUUCAUAUUAAUCAGUUAUCCGAUCGCGGCUUCCCUGUGACACCUCAAAUACUGCGCAAUUUUGUAUUUGAGAUCACCAAAAUGCAAUUGCAGGAGAAGAUCAAGCAGUAUGAUAUCCUACCCCAGAACACCUACAAUUUCGAUGAAAAAGGCUUUCUUCUUGGCCUCCUUCGUACCCUCAAGCGAAUCGUUUCAAUAGAAGCUCUCAAACGGAAGCAUACAAUUGGAGCAGUGCAGGAUGGCAGUAGAGAAUUCAUUUCUCUGCUUGCCGGUAUUUGUGCAGAUGGAACUACAAUUCCACCUGCACUCAUUUACCGCGGGGAAUCAAGAGAUAUGCAAGAUAGUGGCUUGAAGAUUUUGAUCCUAAAAAGGAUCAGGCAUACUUCGCUGCUUCAGAAAAUGGAUGGAGUGUUUGAUCCUCAUACAAAGCAAAAAGCAAGAAAUCAUUACCGCCUGCUUAUAUUAGAUGGCCAUUCAUCUCAUAUAAAUAUGGCAUUCAUUGAUUAUGCGGAUCAGAAUCGAAUUUUGCUUGCUAUUCUUCCUCCCCACUCUACACACCGUUUACAGCCGCUAGAUGUUGGAAUAUUUGGCCCACUUGCAAAGGCAUAUUCAGAUCAACUAGAUUCCUAUACAUGUUCUGGCUAUGGCUUUAUUCAGACUACAAAGCGAGAUUUUUGGCGAUUAUUUCGUGCUGCAUGGGAAAUCUCUACAACUGCGGAAAAUAUCAAAUCUGCCUUCAUGGCCACUGGCAUACAUCCUAUAGAUCCUGCCCGCGUUCUCAAAAAGAUUCAACCACGUCCACUUACACCCCCGGAACUGCUUCAGCAGCGUACACCUACAUCUAUACGAGCUUUGCGAGGCCUGAUAAAGCAGGAAAGUCAACGUCACCGCCGACUUUCAGUUGAUAUUAAAAAAAUUCUCCGCGCUGGGGAGAAUAUUGCUCUGGACAGAGAGGUUCUCUUAAUAGAGAAUAAGAAUCUUCAGACUGCUCUAAAUAAUGAGAGAAGGCGACGCAAACGGGAAGCUGCUCAACGCCGUGAGGAGGCCAAAGCUGCAGCUGCAGCUAAACGUUGUAUAGAGAAGCAACGGCGAGAUGAACAGAAGCUUCAACUGCAAAAAGAGAAGGAAGAACGUGCUGCUAAACAUCAUGAAGCACAGUUGGCCAAGAAGGCACUCGCGGAGGCCUCAAAAAGGCCUACAAGAAGAUCAACAGUGGGCUCAAAACACCGUAGAAGCUCUAUACAACCUUCUAAAAGCGGUAAUAAGUGCCGCACGCAGGCCCCCCCAGUGGAAUCAAAUGAUAUUCCUUCUCUGAAACCUUCUACACCGCGAUCCGAUUCAACCGUUUCAAAACCACGAGUUUCACGUUCCGGGCGGAUUAUUAGGCCAAGCAAUCGUUCUCUGAAUUAA